UCUGACUAAACGUUACAGGAAGUACGGUGGUGGUGUUGCGAUCAAAGCUAACUGGUGCAAACACAGCGACUGAUGUAAAGCCAGAUCCAUAGCAGACCGCCGAGAUGGUUCCAUCAGCGACUUGACCGGCAGGGAAUAUGUUGGCUGACAGCUUCUCCGUGUUUCCGUGUUCAGUGAUUAGAAAACGACACCGCGGUGGAAGCACUAACGUUAGCUAGAACAACAGCAAGCUGAGUAGUAUGCUGGACGUGGGAAAGUGGCCAGUUUUUGCGCUCCUUCCUCCAGAGGAACUCCGGCUUAUUCGGCAGGCUUGUGUCUUUGGCAGCGCUGCAAACGAAGCCUUCUAUGUCACAGUUAAUGAUGAGGUCUUUGCUUUGGGCACCAACUGCAGCGGCUGUUUAGGGCUUGGAGACCUUCAAAGCACUAUUGAGCCGCGCCGGAUUGAUGUCCUGUGUGGAAAGAAGAUUGUGUCCCUAAGCUAUGGAACAGGACCACAUGUGGCUAUCGCUACUGCAGAUGGAGAGGUGUUUGCUUGGGGCCACAAUGGCUACAGCCAGCUAGGCAAUGGGACCACCAACCACGGAAUGACCCCUGCCCUGGUGUCCACCAACCUCCUCAGCAAGAGAGUGACAGAGGUGGCCUGUGGCUCCCACCACACUAUUGCCCUCACAACUGAUGGCGAGGUGUACGCAUGGGGUUACAACAACUCAGGCCAAGUAGGUUCGGGGUCUACUGCCAACCAGCCGACACCGCGCCGCGUUAGCAGCUGCCUGCAGAACAAAGUGGUGGUUAACGUAGCCUGUGGUCAGCUCUGCUCUAUGGCUGUACUAGACAAUGGAGAGAUCUAUGGUUGGGGCUACAAUUGCAAUGGACAGCUAGGUUUGGGCAACAAUGGAAAUCAGCAGACCCCAUGCAGGAUUGCUGCUCUCCAAGGUGUCAACAUCGUCCAGGUUGCCUGUGGAUAUGCACAUACAUUGGCACUUACAGAUGAGGGGAUGGUUUACGCCUGGGGAGCCAACUCAUACGGGCAGUUGGGAACAGGCAAUAAGAGUAACCAAGCUCUCCCCACUCUGAUAAACACAGACAAGGAGAGGAUGGUGGAGGUAGCUGCAUGUCACACCAGCCACACGUCAGCUGCCAAGACCCAGAGCGGGCAGGUUGUGAUGUGGGGUCAGUGUCGAGGUCAGGCUGUGGCCAGCCCCCACCUCACCCAUUUCGGAAGCACAGACGAUGUGUUUGCCUGCUUCGCCACACCAGCAGUCACGUGGCACCUCCUCUCCGUAGAUGGUGAUGACUACCUGACUGUUGCCCAGUCUCUGAAGAAGGAGUUUGACAGCCCAGAGAUUUCUGACCUAAAGUUCUUGGUUGAUGGGAAGUGUAUCCAUGUUCACAAAGCCCUGCUGAAAAUCAGAUGUGAGCAUUUUCGUGCACUGCUUAAUGAAACGGAGGAGGAGACCAUAGAAAUCCACCAGUUCUCAUACCUGGUGUACCGAGCCUUCCUGGAGUACCUCUACACAGACACCAUUAACCUGCCACCAGAGGAUGCUAUUGGGUUGCUGGACUUGGCCACGUUCUACCGAGAGACGCGGCUGAAGAGGCUGUGCCAGGAAACGAUCAAGAGGGGCAUUUCUGAGGAGAACGCCAUCACUCUGCUCUCUGCCGCUGUCAAGUAUGAGGCUCGGCCCUCUUCAUUUUUAGGACCUGGAGGAGUUCUGCUUCAAGUUUUGCAUCAACCACCUAACAGCCGUCACGCAGACCCAGGCAUUUGCAGACAUGGACCACGACCUGCUUAAGAACUUCAUUAGUAAAGCCAGCCGCUACGGGGCCUUCAAAAACUGACUAGAGCGGGGCCCCCGUAGCGACGGACUCAACACGUUGAGGUUUCAGCCCACCGAGGUCCUGAGAUCCGACCCGAGACCACAGCACACGGCAGGCUGAUCAGCACUUCAAAGCCUCGUUGCUGGGGCUGUUAACCACCGCAGAGGCAAAGGGUUUCAGGUUUCAGCCUCUAACUGAGGGCUUCUGUGUUACUGCCCUGAACCCAACCCAAACACACACACACAAGUUGCUUUUGGGGAGUAAAUAUCGGGUUACCCCACUUGGUCAGUCACAAGCAGACAUCGCAGAGGCUGAAUAAGAAAGAUGCGUUGCUGACAAUAGGCUUGGCUAAUUAAGGCGUCUGAUUUGUUUGAUCAAGCUGGUCGACAGGCAGAUGCCUCGCAGUGACAGGAUGCCUGGACAUGCUGAAUGCUAAACCUAAUUCUUUGCAAUAAGUAAUAUAUAUUUUUUGUUUUUUUAUCACAAUGCCCUUUAGCAGUUAGUAAAAGAAAUAAUCAAUAAGUAUAUCGUACUGUAGCCAUGAAUUGACCCUUGAUUCUCAAACGUUCCUGAUUGAGAAGUAAUAUUUAAUAAGGGGAGAAACACAAACUGCUCUUUUUCUUUGUUUUAUACUGUAGUGUUUCACCCUUUGCUAUCCAAACUCACGGUUAUUUUUUCAUGUUUGUAUUGACUAACAUUUGCACUAUUUUGCUGCCGUGACCUAACGCGACACACACACACAGGAUGUCAAAGGUGUGUUGUUUUUGACUGUUACUUUUGGCCAUCGUCAGCUGACUGAUCUAAAAAGAUGCAAUCAGUUAGAUUUAUGAGAGAUACGGACAUCCUCCUGCAUGUUUACUUGUGUUCAGAUUCACCCUCUCUGUGCAGUAGGAAACGCUGUCUGACUUACACAAGCAUACCGAUUCCUGUGUAGCCUGUCGGUGAUCUUACACCGUAGCUUUAGCCUAUUUUACAGUCGUGUUUCAUUGCAAUUUGGUAUGUUUACAAAAGUUUGGUUGUUGGAUUUUUUUUUCUUUCUUUUUUUGUAUAUUGGCAGCAUCUUUUUACAAGUAUUUCUUUCCAUCUCUCCCCUGGUAGCACCUUUGUGGUAAUUAAAUAGUGCUGGCUUGUGUAAUUGCCAACUGACUGUUGAAUAUAGCCUCAUAUAGUCUCUUUAAAUGUAGUUACCAGAUAUUUCCACAUUACAUUUCUACAUCCGUCUAAAUAAAAUGUAACAAAAUGCUUUUACUUCAACAAGCCAAUUAUUGUGUUUUUUUUAAACAUUUUGAUAAUUACUAAAAAGAAAUGCCUGUGUUCUCAUUUUGUAUGGAAAAUGCUGUAAUCUGCUGACAGCGGCAUCUAAUGUUAACAUUUGAUAAUCUAAAAUGUAUUAAAAUGAGCAACUACAGAA